AUGUCUGCAAGAGAGAAUGAUCUCUUUCUACACACUCUAACACAUGUCUUCACUAUAGCCAAAUGGUUCGGUAUACCAACAUAUGGAAACAAGUUAACGUUUUUAUGGGCCAUUAUUUUAUUGGGCAUGCUAGUUGCAAUUGAAGUCGCAGCAAUAUGGAAAGUUAUCAUAUCGUUGGCUGGAUUAGUGGAUAACAAAGAUGAACGUGGUGUAACUGCCAGAUUAUCUGGCGCUAUAUUUUAUUGUAAUGGAUUACUGUCAUUAAUAUUAUCGUGGAAAUUGAUUUCUUCGUGGAAAUGGAUGUCGAAGCGAUGGGAGAAAAUGGAGACGACAUCCACAUUACGUAUCGAAUGUGAUCCUAAAAUACGAAGGAGAGUUAUCUUUGUCACGAACCUUGUUGGUUUAUGUGCUUGCAUUGAACACAUGUUAAGUAUGAUGUCGGCGACAGGGUUCCAAAUACCUCCUGAAAGUUAUUUCAAGAAAUAUAUAUUGAGUUCUCAUGGAUUUUUACUUGAUCAAGAUGACUACACUUUAUGGAUAGCAAUUCCAGUGUUUAUACUCAGUAAAUCUGCGACCAUUCUGUGGAACUUCCAAGAUCUUAUCAUUAUAUUGCUAAGCAUGGGCUUGACGUCGAGAUACCAUCGCUUGAAUUUGUAUGUUAAAAACCUAGUUCAACGCAGCCGGAAGGAAAAUAAGUUUAUAUCAGAAAUAAACAGCCAAAUGCAGGAAUGGCGGAGACUUCGAGAGGAAUACGUACAGCAAGCAGCCCUCGUACGAAUGGUGGAUAAAGAGUUGGGCCCACUCAUGCUGCUGUCCAAUGUCAAUAAUUUUUACUUCAUUUGUUUGCAAUUAUUUCUUGGGAUCAAUAAAGGUGAAAAAGGGCUAAUCAACCGCACCUACUACUUUCUGUCACUUGGUUGGCUGCUCUUCAGAGCCUGUAGUGUAGUGCUCGCUGCAGCAGACGUCCACCUUCAUUCGAGGAAAGCUCUGAGAUAUCUGCAUGAUCUUUCAAAGUCAGGACACAGCAUUGAGAUAAGGAGACUGAAAAAUCAGUUAACCCACGAUUUCGUUGCUCUAACCGGAAUGGGUUUGUUUUCAUUAGACAGACAGAAAUUAUUGGAGGUAACGGCAAAUAUUAUAAAGUACGAGUUGGUAUUAAUACAAUUUGAUAAAUAA